AUGGGUACUUGUUUUAGCAAAAAGAAGAGGAGCUCCUCUCCUCUUCCUCUUCCUCCUCCUGCUGCUACUGGUUAUGGCUAUGUAGUGGGUGAAGAUCCAAAUGAUAACAAGAACAAGCCCAAAUCGGUUUCGGUAGUACCAGAGCCAGGUCGGGUUGAAAUGAAGGCGAAGAAGCCGGAACGAAAACAAGAACAAAUUGAAGAAGAAGAAGAAGAUCAAGAAACCCAAGUCCAAGUGAAGAAGGAGGUAUUCAUCAUCAAACACCGCAAGAGCCACGACGGUAGAGGGGACAGAGAUUGCGGAAAAAGCUCACUUCCCCAAAAUCAAAUCCAACAACAACCAUCAGUAUCAGAUGGGGGGGCUGAUGUUGCUGCUGCCUCUGCUUCUGCUUCUCCUCCUACACCUCAGAUUGCUAAUAGUUCCACCAAGACUGGUACUUGCGAUGAAUUAGCGGAUGACGUUGACAAGGUUGUGAAGCGGGUGAGGACACAGAGCUGCAACAAAGAAGAACUGGACGCCAUUCUUCUACAGUGUGGAAGGCUCAGCCGCAGCAACUCUUCUGGGCACAAUCGAAGGUAUUCUGGUUCGAAGAGGAGCUAUGACUUUGAUGCUGUAGAUGGUCAUGUCAUUGUCAAUGAAAUUUGUCAUGAGGAUGCUGAUGCUGAUGGGAUGUCUGCAGCGGACAAAAUCCAUCGCCACCGCCAGUCCUCGAGGUCAAGGCCUUCUUCUCCUUCUUCUCAAGGGAGGAGGAGGAGGAGAACUCCAAGCAGAGAAAGAAACCAGCAGCAGCAGCAGAGAUCCAGCAGCAGAGAGAGACGAACUAGUCGAUCCCCGAGCAAGCGCUCAUCUUCCCAACAAAACCCCUCUGCUUCUUCUUCUUCUAAUGCUAAUGCCAAUGCCAAUGGGAAUAACAGGCCAGGAAAGAUGGUUUCGGUCCCUGCCGCCGCCAUUUCUUCUCUGGCGACGAUGGAGAAGACAACCCACAUUAACAAUGGAGAAUCUGCAGCUACCAUCAAGCGGGUUUCGGUGAAGAGAAAUGUUGGAUCUCCCCGUGCUCAGUCUCCUGCUAGAGCAAAUGCUAGAGGGGCUCCCAAUGAGGGUCAGCAGCAGCAACAACAACCUUCACUUAGCCGUAGCUCCUCAAGAAAAGCAGAGCAAUCGCCCUACAGAAGGAACCCAUUGGCUGAGAUCGAUCCUAACUCCCUUGCCUAUCCACAAGCGCAUACCAACAACAGAACCAAAAGGGAAAUCCAGACUGAAGAGGACAUUCCUGUCAAGGAACCCACCAAUCUAAUGAAUCCGGUGCCAAUGCAAAAACCGAAUCUCGAAAUUAACAAUAACAGAACUGUUCCCCAUGGUGUUAACUACAUAACCAGCGGCACAAGUACAAUGGACAACAACAAGGCUAUGAGUGCAAACUGCUCAUCAAAGGAAAGGCAGCAGAAUGUUCCAGCGGAAGAGGCUAAGGGACAGCCACAAGUGAAACCCCAAACAUUAACAAGAAGCAGAACACCCCUAAUGUAG